AUGAUAUUAUCGGUGCAAAAAUUAGCCCUGAGUUGCAUUGGCAUUUGGCCUGUAAAAAAGAAGGAUCUUUUUAUGGAUCUCAGAUGGAUUAUUGCCGUAUUUUUUGAAGCGAUGCCGAUGUGCAUUUAUUUUACCGAAAUUUAUCUUCAUUGUAAUGGCGCGAAAAAGUCUUUUGACUAUGUAACACCCGGCGCCGCCGCCGCGUUAGCCGUCACAAGACUGAUCACACCUCGUAUCUAUCGGAAAAAAUUACUCGAGAUAAUCAUCUCCAUGAUGGAUGAUUGGACGACGCAUAAGGAUAAAAGAGUACGCUCGAUCAUGAAGAAGUACGCGACAAUGUCGACGCGCGUGACGACACUCACCUUCAUUCUGGUGGGUACCAUAGUCAGUGUUUACAUCUCUGUGGCAAUAUCGGCAAACACUAGAAAAAAGCAUGAUAACGGGAUUGAUAAUACAAAUAUGAGCCACAAGGAUCGAUUUUACGAGUCUUGUGUGUUUCGAAGCGAAUCGUCGCGUCAGGCGUUUAUGAUUAUCCAGGCGAUACAAAUGUUUAUCACUGGCAUAUCGACCUUUGGUACCACCAGUUUCUUCUUCGGGUUGGCCAUGCAUCUGUGCGCCCAGUUUGAUGUUUUGAGCAUCAAGCUGUCUGAAUUCAAGAUCAACGACGCGCAUCGCUCGAUAGCCGAAGCGGUCCAGAGACACUGCCAGCUUAUCCGUUUGGCCAACUGUAUGGAGGAAUCGUUUAAUGCGAACAUUUUGAUAUAUCUGUUCGUUACUACCACUCUCAUGUGUAUAGAUGGCUUUAUGUUAAUCGUGUCAUUACGUCUUGGCAAUCUAGCUAUGAUUAUACAUAACACUAGCGUUUUACUUUUAAUGAUGAUCCAAUUGUCAUUUUACACAUUCGCCGGUGAUUGCUUGGAGAUGAGAAGCAUCGCGCUAUCUUACGUCACUUACAAUUGUAAUUGGUACGAUCUGCCGGCCAAUGUAGCCAGAGACUUUCAGAUUAUUCUAAUACGAACUAGUAUUCCACAUCAACUGACGGCCGGAAAGUUUUUGCCCAUGAACAUGAUUACGUUCAAAGAUAUUUUAAAAUCCACAGUGUCAUAUCUCUCGGUCCUGCGUGUUAUGCUAAAUGAAUAA